GUACAACUGUAGCUCCUACCACCACAACUACACCACCUACUUCAACAACUACAACUGAAGCUCCUACGAUAACCACAACUGCAGCACCUGCUACGACAACUACAACUGAAGCUGCUACGACAACCACAACUUCAGUGCCUACUACGACAACUACAACACCUACUACGACAACACCUACUACGACAACCACAACUGUAGCUCCUACGACACCAUCUGUAGCUCCUAUGACCACUACAACUGCAGCACCUACUUCAACAACCACUGCAGCUCUUACAACCACUACAUCAGCAGCACCUACUUCGACAACUACAAAUGCAGUUCCUACAACAACGACAACUGAAGCUCCUAUGACAACCACAACGGCAGCUCUAACUACAACAUCUGUAGCUCCUACGACCACAACAGCAGCAUCUACUACAACAAAUACAAAUGCAGCUCCUACGACAACCACAACUGCAGCUCCUACUACAACUUUAGAUCCCACGACCAUUACAACAGAAGCACCCACUACGACCACUACAAACGCAGCUACUACGACAACCUCAACUGAUACUCCUACUGCAACUUUAGAUACUACGACCACUACAACAGCAGCACCUACAACGACAACUGUAGCUCCUACGACAACCACAACUGUAGCUCCAAGUACAACUGUAGCUCCUACCACCACAACUACACCACCUACUUCGACAACCGUAGCAACUACGACCACAACUACACCACCUACUUCGACAACCGCUGCAUCUGCUAAAAUAACUACAACUGACGCUCCUACAACACCAUCUGUAGCUCUUACAACCACUACAACUGCAGCACCUACUUCAACAACUACAACUGAAGCUCCUACGAUAACCACAACUGCAGCACCUGCUACAAAAACUACAACUGAAGCUGCUAUGACAACCACAACUUCAGCGCCUACUACGACAACUACAACACCUACUACGACACCUACUACGACAACCACAACUGAAGCUCCUACGACAUCAUCUGUAGCUCCUAUGACCACUACAACUGCAGCACCUACUUCAACAACCACUGCAGCUCUUACAACAACUACAUCAGCAGUUCCUACAACAACGACAACUGAAGCUCCUACGACAACCACAACUGCAGCUCCAACUACAACAUCUGUAGCUCCUACAACCACUACAACAGCAGCACCUACUACAACAACUACAAAUGCAGCUCCUACGACAACCACAUCUGCAGCUCCUACUACAACUUUAGAUCCCACGACCAUUACAACAGAAGCACCCACGACGACCAUUACAAACGCAGCUCCUACGACAACCGCAACUGAUACUCCUACUACAACUUUAGAUACUACGACCACUACAACAGCAGCACCUACAACGACAACCACAACAGCAGCACCUACAACAACAACUGUAGCUUUUACGACAACAAAUAUGUCCCCAACCACUACAACGUCAGCAGCUACAGCGAAAAUCACUUCAGCUCCUACUACAACAACUGGAGCUCUUACAACCACUACGACUGCAGCACAUACUACAACAACUACAACUGAAGCGCCUAUGAUAACCACAACUGCAGCACCUACUACGACAAUUAUAACUGAAGCUGCUACGACAACCACAAUUGCAGCACCUAUUACGACAACUGCAGCACCUACUACGACAACUGCAGCACCUACUACGACAACCACACCACCUACUACGACAACCACAACACCUACUACGACAACCACAACACCUACUACGACAACCACAACUGUAGCUCCUACGACAACCACAACUGUAGCUCCAAGUGCAACAACUGUAGCUCCUACGACCACAACUACACCACCUACUUCGACAACCGCUGCAGCAUCUGCUAAAAUAACUGCAACUGACGCUCCUACACCAUAUGUAGCUCUUACAACCACUACAACUGCAGCACCUACUUUAACAACUACAACUGAAGCUCCUACGAUAACCACAACUGCAGCACCUACAACAACAACUGUAGCUUCUAUGACAACAAAUAUAUCCCCAACCACUACAACGUCAGCAGCUACAGCAAAAAUCACUUCAGCUCCUACUACAACAACUGUAGCUCUUACAACCACUACGACUGCAACACAUUCUACAACUACAACUAAAGCUACUACGACAACCACAACUGCAGCACCUACUACGACAACGACAACUGCAGCACCUACUACGACAAUGACAAAUGCAGUUCCUAUGACAACCACAACUGCAGCUCCUACUACAACAACUUUAGAUCGUACGACCACAACAACAGAAGCACCUACAACGACAACUGAAGGUCCUACGAUAACCACAACAACAUCUGUAGCUCCUUCGCCAACAACUGUAGCUCCUACGACCACUACAACUGCAUCAUCUACUUUGACAACCACUGCAGCACCUGCUACAAUAACUACAACUGAAGCCCCUAUGACAACCACAACACCUACUAUGGCCAUUACAACAGCAGCACCCAUAACAAGAACUGUAGCUCCUAUGAUCAAUACAACUUCAGCACCUACUUCGACAACCACUGCAGCACCUGCUACAAUAACUACAACUGCAGCUCUUACAACAACCACAACUGCAGCUAAAGCUACAACCAUAACUGCACCUCCUACUAUAACAUUUUUAGCUCUUAUGACCCCUACAUCAGCCGCACCUACAAUGAAAUCUGUUGCUCCUACAGCAACUGUUGCGCCUACAACCACUACAUCUACCAUACCUACAACAACAACUAAAGCUCUUACUCCAAUAACUGUAGCUCCUUCAACCAGCACCACAAAAGCUGCUAUGACAAUCAAUUCAGCUCUUACUAAAACAACCAUUGGUCCUACCACCCCUACAACUGCAGCAUCUACUACGACAACAACUACAGCUCUUACAACAACCACAAUUGCAGCUACUAUGAUAACUGCAGCUCCUACAAGUGCAACUGCAGCUCCUACAGAUGCAACUGCAGCUCCUACAGCUGCAACUCUUACAACUGCAUCUGCAGCUCCUACAACUGCAGAUGAUAAUGCUGCAUUAAUUAAAACAGCUGUAGCUCCUACAACCACUACAAUGGCAGGUCCUUCAACAACCACAACUCCAGCUCCUUCGACAACCACAACGAAAGCUGCUACAACAACCACAAAUAUAGCUGCUACAACCACCACAACAGCAGCACCCACAACGACAACUGUAGAAGCUACCACACCACCUCCUACUCUUUUGCUGACCACUCCUUUCAAUACCACAAGUGGAGGUUUUCCUGGCUGGGCUCUGGCCAUUAUCAUCCCUUGUGGCAUCGCUAUCAUUCUGGUACCCCUGUGGAUCCUGCUAUGUUGCAUUUUAUGUGGCGGAUGUGUAGCUAUAAGGAGACGCUGGCACAGACGCAGAUCUUACAAUGUACAGUACAGCAGAAGAAACGGUCUCUUCUGAGGUGACAACGCUAACAUCUCUGGCCUAUUGUAAUCACAAGAACAGCCAAUCAUCUAUAUCUGCUAAUCAUGGCACUUUAAUGCAUGGAAAAAUUACUUGACUACACAGCAUUGCAUCUGAGAAGAUCAAGUGAAAAUGUAUAAUAGGCUUAAAAGGCCACAUGUUUUUUGUGCAAUGUACUACUUUAUAUAUUAUGCAUCUGAAUGUUAAUCAAAGUUACAGCUGAGCUGAACAUAGUAUGUUAAUAUAUUUAUUAGUUAUGUCAUUUGUGGUUUCAAGCUGUGCUGUCCACUUACUAAAACAGUUAUCAUUUAUUUAUUUCAUGUAUAAUAAGCUUCAUUCCAAUAUUUAUUUUUUGUUUGUUAUUUCCUCUCUUGAUUAACUAUGAACUAAUUUAUUUUAAACUUCAAUACAGUACAUGUUUCUUCAACUUAUAGUUUGACAAAUGUAAUGAAAAUACAAACCAGUAUUAUGAUCAAAUUUUAUGUAAAGGUUUGACUGCAGGGUGAUUAUAGACAGCACAUGUACACAUCAAAAGUAGUCAAAAUUGUCCGACCUGGCACCUUAAUCUAUGCAAAACUUAUUAAAGACCAAGUUCAGUC